CCCUCGCAUUCCAUCGUUGGCUCGCUGUAAGGAACGGAAGGGCCCCUGAGAGGCUUUAUAAAUAUCUCCAUCUCUCUCAUCUCUCUCUGCUUCCUCUCGUGGCGCUGCCUUGGCUUGGCUGGGACCCUAAAGCUGCAAAUCCAGCAAAAAUCCAACUUGGGUUGCUAUCAUUAAAAUCUUAAACGAGCAGCAAGCCCCUCAUUUACUCCAUCCCCUCUCUCAAUCCUCUACCCUGCUUUUGCUCUCUCUGUCAUUGCUAGGGUUUAAAUAUGGCAGAGAGUUUUCAUGACGGCGAGUUCUGGUUGCCCCCUCAGUUCCUCACUGACGACGAUAUUUUCAUGGAUAAGAAGAACAACACCCUCGCUAAUAACUUUAGCUUCAAGAACGGUAGAGACGUGUUUCCUUCUGAAACUGACUAUUCUAAGCCUUUGUUCCCACUUGAUUUUCCUUAUGGGGUUGGGUCAUUUGGGGUGUCUUCAGAUCUCAGUUCUCCGGUUGAGUCGGUUGUCGGUUCUACUGAAGAGAGUGACGAGGAGGACUAUAUCGCCGGCUUAACUUGCCAAAUGGCUCGCUCCACGCUUGAAGACGAUUUCAGGGGAAACGAUGUGACUUUCGGCAAUGAAAGUACCAAGGCCUGGGUUGUAUCUGGCUCACCACAAUCCACUCUAUGUGGGGUUGGAAAUGGGUGUGGAUGUAGGCAAGCGUCGUGCCGUGGCCGACCAAAUGGGUUCUCUAAGGUCUCCUCAGCGCCGGCUACUUGGGAUCUGCUUUAUGCGGCUGCUGGUGAAGUAGCGAGGAUGAAAAUGAACCAGGAAGAGUACGGCUUUAACAGCCAUAACAGAGGAAUCUUGGGUCCACCACGAAAGCCCUCUCCUGUCUCUGUUCCCAUGGAAAACUCAAAACCUGAUGCUGUUCUCUACCCGAUGCAGUCGCUUGCUUACCAGAAGUUACAGGCAGCGCAAUUUCAGCAGCUGAGACAGCAACAAAUGAUGAAACAGCAGAGCUCUGGGGUUUGGGGAGGGCAUCACAAGGGUGCUGGACUUUUUCAACAGCCACAAACCCAGUCAGUGGUCCACAAGGGAGUUAGAAAUCCUGUUAGAUCUUUGGGUUUGUCUCCGUCUGCCUGGCCUCCCCUGCAACAGCACCAUCAAGGCGGGUCUGGCAUGCGGGCUGUUUUUCUUGGCAAUCCUGGUGGCAAAAGAGAAUGUGCAGGCACUGGGGUGUUCUUACCUCGCCGAGUUACCACCGUCGAAACUCGCAAGAAGCCAGCGUGUUCUACAGUUCUGCUACCAGCAAGAGUAGUGCAGGCCCUGAACUUGAACUUGGAUGACAUGGGUGCUCAACCUCAGCUUCAGCCUCGAUUUAAUGUAUCUUUCACGCAAGACACUGAUGUUGCGUUAAGGCUUCAUAACAACAAUCUUCAUUCCCAUCAGAGGCGGAACAUCAGGCCACAACCAGAAAUGAACGGAGAUGUGAGGUUACCUCAGGAAUGGACGUACUAAUCCCAUGGUUUUGUUUGGGUGCUCAUAACGAAUAGUGUUGAUCUCUCUUUUUGGGGUUUUUUUAGUGUUUCUAGGUAAGUCUAAGGAAAGAUUUAAAAGGAUAUAAGAAAAUAAGAAGGGAAAGGGGUAAAUGAUAGUUGGCUCUAUAGGAAAUUAGUAUUAAAAAAAAAACAGUGAAGUGGUGAAGUAACAAUGAAAAUAGGGGGAAAUAAUUUUGUAUUUUGAGGGGAAGUGAAAGUGAAGUUAUUUAAAAAGAAAUGAUGAUGGGGUGCAGGCAGGCAGGCAGCUUUUGUUGGUUUCGUUGGGCUCUAAGGACGAGGAAGUGUGGAGGUGGACGGGAGAUUCUGACCGAUUUUAGCCAAAAAUAAUCGUGGAUUUUCUAUUCAGGAACAGUAGCCAAGUGAAGGAAUUGCAGGGGAAACUAGUAGAAGGCUGUUAAUUCUUUUGUAAAUGCUGUUCCUGGCAUCAAUUGCUUUUGCUAACUGUACUCUCUCAUGUCCAUCUCCAUGUAAAAGUCCAAAGAGCCAUCAUCUAAAUAAUAAUCCAAGGGAUUACUACA